AUGCAGCCCUCAUCAGUCAGUAGUUCGCCCCGUCGGGCUAAUCCUUUCAGCCGCCAUUCACCCUCGCCAUCACCAAACCCUCAGGCCUCGACAGCAAGACCAAAGUCCGCCGUGUUCCCCACGACAUUCGGCGAGUCUGAGAAGAAACAGCAUACACGGAACUUAUCGUUGUCGCAUUUCUCAGCAGUUAGUCCGGGGUCGGAAAAUCGGCCGCGUUCGAGUUCCUUCAGGCAUUCUGUCCACGUGUCGGGAACAUUUGCUCCCCAGUUCAUAAAAUCGGAAGAACUGCAAAGAGGAGCCAGCUCAAUCCACAAUUUGGAAGGAGAUAAUGAUUUUUCCGGAAAGCGAUAUGUCUGGCUGAAAGAUGCCGAGAAGGCUUUUAUUCGAGGAGAGGUCCUCGAAGAGAGACAGGAUGGCAACCUGUUGGUGCAAUGUGACGACGGUAGCCAACGAGAAAUCAGCUCAGAAAAUGCAGAUAAAGUGAACCCCGCAAAAUUCGAUAAAGCAGACGACAUGGCUGAAUUAACUCAUCUCAACGAGGCGUCUGUUGUGCAUAAUCUGCAUAUGCGGUACCAAGCCGAUCUCAUCUAUACAUAUUCAGGCCUUUUCUUAGUUACCAUCAACCCGUAUUGUCCCCUCCCAAUCUACACAAAUGAAUACGUGAGGAUGUACAAGGGCCAGAGUCGAGAAGAUACACGACCGCAUAUAUUCGCAAUGGCAGAUCAAGCGUUCCGCAAUCUUGUGGAAGAAGGCGAUAAUCAAAGUAUACUUGUGACUGGCGAGUCAGGUGCCGGAAAAACCGAAAACACCAAGAAGGUCAUCCAGUACUUGGCUGCAGUAGCCACCCCUGAAACGUCUGGGUCGCGGUCCGCAGGAAAGCCUUUCUCCAACUUGUCGCAACAGAUACUUCGCGCCAACCCAAUCUUGGAAGCCUUCGGAAACGCCCAGACAGUGAGGAACAAUAAUUCUUCGAGAUUUGGAAAAUUCAUUCGAAUCGAGUUCACUCGCUCUGGACAGAUAUCCGGGGCUUAUAUUGAUUGGUAUCUUCUUGAAAAAUCGAGGGUAGUCAAGCCCGGAAGUCGAGAACGCAAUUACCAUGUCUUUUAUCAGCUCUUGCAAGGCUCUGACAAGAGUUUGAGAAGCAAGCUUUUGCUUGGAGACAUGCAGAUUGAAGAUUUCACAUAUACGAGAGAUGGUAACGACUCCAUUGCUGGUGUGUCUGAUAUCGAGGAAUGGAAAGCACUUAUGGAAGCUUUCCAAAUCAUGAACUUCUCCGACAAUGAUCGGAUGUGCAUCUUGCGUACCAUUGCCGCUGUGUUACAUCUCGGAAAUAUCAUGGUCACGAAAGAGCGUAUCCGUGGUGAUCAAGCCGCUUUGACACCGGAAGCCUAUGACAGUGUCCAGAAAGCAUGUCAACUUCUCGGUGUUGACCCCGAUUCGUUUGUCAAGGGACUCUUACACCCUAGAGUCAAGGCUGGCAGAGAGUGGGUUGAGAAAGUUCAGACGCCGGAACAAGUCAAAUUGGCACUUGAUGCAUUGGCUAAAGGCAUUUAUGAAAUGGGCUUUGGUGAUCUCGUGAAUCGUAUCAACAACCAGCUAGAUAUGAGUAGCUCUGCCAGUGACGAUACCUACUUUAUCGGCGUACUGGAUAUUGCUGGUUUCGAGAUCUUUGAGAGCAACAGCUUUGAGCAACUCUGCAUCAACUACACCAAUGAAAAACUUCAACAAUUUUUCAAUCACCACAUGUUCGUUCUUGAGCAAGAGGAAUAUGCUAGAGAGCAGAUUGAAUGGCAAUUCAUCGACUUCGGCAAAGAUCUGCAGCCGACCAUCGACCUGAUCGAGUUGACGAACCCGAUUGGUAUUUUCUCUUGUCUAGAUGAAGAUUGCGUAAUGCCAAAAGCCACUGAUAAAACUUUCACGGAAAAAUUGCAUUCACUCUGGGAUCGAAACUCGCCCAAAUACCGCGCUUCUCGGCUAAGUCAAGGGUUUGUGCUAACGCAUUAUGCUGCUGAAGUUGAAUACACGACCGAAGGUUGGCUGGAGAAGAAUAAAGAUCCUUUGAACGACAACAUAACUCGCUUGCUAUCCGGCUCGACCGACAAACACAUUUGUAAUCUGUUCUCGGACUACGCCGACACUGACGAUGAACAAGGCUUUUCGCGAAGCCGGGUCAAGAAAGGUCUAUUCCGCACAGUGGCACAGAGGCAUAAAGAUCAACUGUCAAGUUUGAUGAAUCAGCUUCAUUCGACUCAUCCACAUUUCGUUCGCUGUAUUCUCCCAAAUCAUAAGAAAAAGCCUAAGCAGUUUAACGGGCCGCUUGUCUUGGACCAAUUACGAUGCAAUGGUGUUCUAGAAGGUAUUAGGAUUGCCCGAACUGGUUUCCCCAACCGUCUCUCUUUCAAUGAAUUUCGGCAGCGUUAUGAAGUCCUCUGCCGCGAUAUGCCUAAAGGCUAUCUCGAAGGGCAGAGCGCGGCGCAUAUCAUGUUGAAUAAACUCAAUCUAGACAAGUCGUGGUAUCGUGUUGGAUUGACAAAAGUCUUUUUCAGAGCCGGAGUGCUCGCAGAACUGGAAGAGAAGCGGGAUGCUCUUAUCCGGGAAAUCAUGACUUUAUUUCAGUCCGCGGCUAGGGGCUUCGUCCAGAGGCGCAUUGCGAAUAAGAGACUAUACAGGGCUGAGGCAACUCGCAUUAUCCAGAAAAACUUUCACGUCUACUUGUCUCUACAAUCAAAUCCUUGGUGGCGGUUAUUCACUGGAAUGAAGCCGUUGCUUGGGGCCACGCGAACUGCCGCCGAGGUGAAGAAGAGAGACGAAAAAAUCUUGAAGCUUGAAGCCAAGGCACAGCAGGACCUGCAAGACCGCCACAAAUUGGAGGAAGAAAGGCGACGAGCAGAAUUAGAAAUCAACCGUGUCAAGAAAACAUUGGAGAGUGAGCGAGCUCUUGCACUAGAUAAAGAAGAGAUCUUUAAGCGCCUUCAACUUAGGGAAGUGGAGCUCAGUGAGAAAUUGGCUGAAGCUAUUGCCGACCAAGAAAGUCUGGAGGGGCAACUUGAUGAACUCAUUGAGGCUAAGAGAAAGGCCGAGGAACAACUUGAUGCGAGGAAAGUUCAACUAGAGCAAGCUGGACAGAUCAUUAUGAAAUUGGAAGCCGAAAAGAAACAACUGCAGGAGCGACUAUCGGCUAUGGAUUCUGAGUUGAAGGAGAUGGAAAACACGCAUUCUCAGAGAGGCAACCAGGUGCAGGACUUGACGCAGGAAAAGAAAAUGUUACAAAGUCAACUCAGCCUAAAGGAGAGGAAGCUACAAGACCUUGAGGCAAAGCUCUUGAAGUCCGACCAGAAUCUUGAUGUGAAGCUGGCAAAAACCUCCAAGGAACUCGAAGCAUCCCGGAUCCAAGUCAAGAAUCUAUUUGAUGAGAAUAAGGCUAUCAGGCAGGAAAUUGCUGAACUCUCGAAGACAUCUACUGGUUACGAGGACCUGAUUAGGCGCAAGGAGGGCGAACUCGCGGUCCUUCGUAACGAUGCAAAAAGACACGAAGAGUCCAAGAGGAGUCUUGAAGUAGAGAGACAAUCUCUUGGGGAUCGACAUGAUAACAUGCAGAAACGUCUACGCGACCUUCAGGCUGAGAUGGACGCAACAAAAUCAGAGAAACUUACCCUCGAGCGCGAAGCUGCAGAUGUUAAGAAAAUGCUUGAGGCCAAGAUGAGCGAGGAUGCUGAAGCUGGCCACAGUCGAAAACUCCUUGAACAACAGGUACAGGACUUGAAAGCUCAGCUCUUCCAAUUGCAAGCAGAUCUCAGCAGAGAGAGACAGUCACGAGACGAUGUUCAAAUGCUAGGAGAACACAAGUUAGCUGAGCUAAAGGGCAAAUACGAAAACUUGAACGAAGCGAAGAUCACCAUAGAAAAGGAAAUGUAUAUUCAACAAGAUUCAUUACGUCGUGCCACAGAGGCUCGUACUACUGCUGAACAAGUCCGCAAAGACCUACAAGCCGAACUGAUCAGGUUGCGCGAACGCUUUGCCAACGCCGAAAAGGCACGAUUAGAUGCAGAGAGCCAUGUCGAGCAGAGCUUGAUAAAGCAAGCUAACGAGAAGCAAGCGGUCCUUCGCGCCGAACUUGAUGCUAUCUCUAGACAAUUCCAGGAAGCGGAAGGAGAUAAAUCUCGUUUAUCCGUCCAGGUUCAGGAACUCACACAGAUGCUCGCGGAUUCUGAAACUUUCCGUGAACGUCACGACCAACAGAAGGAGCGCCUGGAACGAGAGCUUGUUACAGUCAAAGGAAGACUUUCUGCGUCUGAAAAUGACAAUCGUGCCCUGCUCAAUAAAAUACAGCAAAAGAACUUAGAGAUCUCUCGAUCAAAUUCAAAGGCCAGCGAUAGCCAACGGUCUCGGAUUGUUCAGCUUCAAAAUGAGAAAGCAAAGUUAGAAGAGGAGCAAAAGAAGGUGCAACGUCAAUUAGGCGAUGCACAGGUUACCAUUACGUCGCUUGAAAAACAGAAAGAAAAGUUGGCUUUGACUGUAGAAGACCUGAACCAUGAAGUUUCCCGAGAGCACAAGGCUAGUCGCAAAGCCGAGGCAGCUUUGUCUACGAUCACCCUUCAACUGGCGGAAGCAAACCGAAAUCUCGAAACAGAAAGACAGAUGCGAAACCAGGCACAAGCCAACACUCGUCAACUUCAAGCAGCCUUGGACCAAUCUCACAAAGAAAUUGAAGAUUGCCAUCAACAAUUGAUGCUUCUGCACAAAGUCUUUGAUCCUGAAACCAAUGAAGCCAACGAGAACCCGAAGUCUUGGGAAGCUAUCCAGCCGGAUCUUUCCAAGAAAGUGGACCUUGCUCAACUUCUUGAGAUGGCUCAUAGUGACUUACGCGUUGCUGAAGAGAGAUACAACAGGGCAGAGAGCCAAUUAGCCGAAAUGCGUCAACGUCAUGAAGGCGAGAUGAAAGAGAUGGAUGCUCGCUACAGCUCAUCCAAGAGAGCUCUGCUAGAGGAGAUAGACAAUAACCAGGUUGCCACUUCUCGAUCACCAACCCACAUUCGAAAGAACUCUGAGAUUGCCAAAAGAUUUUCUAAUCCUUCGACACCCAACCGACGAUUCAAUCUCAAUGAAGUCAAUCAGGAUUCUGGCCGAUCAGAUCGUACUGUCGACACUACAACUUUCCAAAAGCGAAUGGACCUGGCAACAGAGGUCGAAGAGUUGCAGAACAAAUUGCAGAUGGCGGAAAUGCAAAAUAGACACCUACAAAAUCAGCUUGAGCUCACCACUCCUAACCGUGACAUGUGGCAAGAUGAUAGUCCAUCAAUCCGUCGUGUCCAAUUGCUGGAACGUGAAAAUGGCAGGCUUCAUGCAAAAUUGGAUGAUUCAGCCAAGAAGGUCUCUGCUCUAGAGCGCAUGAUCCAAACUGGAGAGUUAUCCUUGCGUGACGUACAAGCUAAGUCUCACGAGGAGCUUUUUGACCUCAUUAAUUCCCAAGAGCAGUCGAGAAAAUCUCUUCUCAAUGUCAACAAGAAUGCUGUGGCAGAACUUACGGAGGCCAAGUCUCAAUUUGAAAAGUUGAAGAGAAGCAAGGCUGCUCUAGAGGUUGAGUUAAGAGAUGCUCGCUCCGAUCUCCAGGACGCCGAAUUUGCAAGAGAACAGGAUGCAGCUAGUCGAAAUCAGCUAUUGCAGGAAUUUUCUGAUCUACAAAUUCGUCUCGAUGCCGAAGAGUCGAAAGUCAUUGACUUGACGUCUGGCCUCAGUCUGUACAAGAGCCGUGCCGAUGAAUAUUUCAGCAAGCUUGAACAAGCAGAGAUUGCAGUACUCAAAGCUGCUCGAGCAGAACAAUUCGCCAAGUCUCAAGCCAAGGAAGCAGAAGACACAUGUGCAACGAUAAUGGCCGAUCGUCAGCGCAUGGACUCCCUGGUCGAAGACUUACAACGACAGGUUCAGUCGUAUGAAGAAAAGGUUGAGGAUCUCUCUGCCGAUCUCGAAGGGGCUCUUCAGGGCAAGCGACGCCUGCAGAAUGAGCUAGAAGAUUAUAGGAACCAUAGAGCAUCGGAGAUCGAAGAUAAAGAAGCCUCCCUCGAACAGACAAGGAAGAAAUACCAGAGAGAGUUUGCGACAAUUACGAACGAGCUUGAAAUCGAGCGGGAGAACAUACUUCAUGUUCGCGAUGAGAACUCUAGGUUGCGAGAGGAGUUGGAAGACUUGCGCAGCAAGUGGGAUAAUGAGGUGCUCAAUAGCUCAACAUGGGCCAAAGAGAAGUCUCGCCUAGAAAUGACAUUGCAGGAUGUCUCCUCCUCCCGUGAUGAGGCAGUCAAGGCACACAACGAUGCUCAAAGCAAGGUUGUGUCAUUGUUAUCACAGGUGCGAAAUUUGCGUACUUCUGUCGACGACAUGACUUCAGAACGAGACUUCUUGGCCAAAGAUAAGAAGGUGUUGGAGUCUCGACUGAAGGAGGCUACGGACCGACUCGAAGACUUGGCGAAUGGAGAUAGCCCUUCGAUGAGGGACGCGGCUGGCAUGGAUCGCGAAAUCCUCGAACUUAGAUCAAAGCUAGCUCAACAGGAAGACGUCUCUGCAGCUGCAGUUGGAAAGAUGCGUCGAGCGGAAGCUCUUUCUGUUGAAAUGCAGAAAGAAUUGGUUGCUGAGAGGGAGGCACACGCCACUCUUUUCAAAGACAAGGCAUCACUGGAGAAACAACUGAAGGAGGUCCAGCUUCGAUGUGUCGACUUGGAAACCAAGGGCUAUUCCUCGGCUUCCCAGGAUGUUAAAUUUCUUCACAAGCGAAUCAAGGAGCUUGAAACCCAGCUAGAGGAACAGGAAUCUAAAUACAGUGCCGAGCAACGUUCCACACGAAAUGUUGAUCGUACAGUCAAGGACUUGCAAUCCCAGAUCGAACGGAGAGAUAAGAUGAAUUCACAAUUAACCGAUGAUAUCAACAAAUCUCGUGACAGAAUUGAACGUCUUCUCCAAACCAUCGACGAGCUUCAGUCUUCUGACUCUCAAAGUCAAUUGCAAGCCAAGCGGGCGGAGCGAGAGUUACGUGAAGAGCGUGAGAAGGCUCUUCGACUGGAGAGGGAGCUAGAAGGAUGGAAGCAAUUGCGUAUCGAGAGAGGCAGCAUUGCUGGAAGAGCUAGUGCAUUGAGCGACGUUGCUAGUCGGCGUGGCAGUGGUGUCUAUAGUGGCACAACCGAGAUACCUCAGCGAAAAUUCAGCAACACCAAAGGCUUUAUCUAA